AUGCCACCUUCCUCCUCAGAGGGGAGGAAUAGGUGGAGGAAGCGGAAAGGGGGGAACCAGAUUUCUCGGAAAUAUAAAAUCAAUGAACCUACGAAUGAUGAAGCUCUUGAGGAGAAUUAUGAUGAAGAUGACCCUGACCUGGACCCACCUCAUAAGUACCCAGAAACUGACGACGAUUACCAUCAUCAAAGUGCAGAUCGGAUUGCACGCGUGUCACGGGCGAAAGAAAGAGAAACGUUGGUUGAUGGCGGGGUGAAAAUCUGUGAGUUCCCAGUGGCAGUUAAGAGGGUUGUCAGUAGGCAUCACUCAUCAGUUUUGGGGAUUGUGGAAGUGGAGAGGUCAGCACAAAAUGGGGAGAGCAGAGGGCAGGGCCAGAGUGGAGUGGUGGUGUUGGAGAACAUUUCACAUGGGCAGCUGCAGGUGCUCUCUGCUAUGCCGCGGGAUAGUGUGGCUUUAUUAGAGUGUUCUGAGGAGGAGACUGGAAGCAGGAGCAGGGGUGCAUCAUAUGUGAUCAGGCCUCCAUCAAUAAUUGCUGGAUCCGGUGUUACUAAAAGGUUUGGGAGCGCUGGUCGAGUCCAUGUUGUGCCAGUGCACGCAGACUGGUUUUCACCAAAUUCAGUGCAUAGAUUGGAGAGACAAGUGGUGCCACAUUUUUUCUCUGGGAAGUCAGCUGAUCAUACACCAGAAAAGUACAUUGAAUGUCGGAAUUUAAUUGUUGCAAAGUAUAUGGAGAACCCAGAGAAGCACUUAUCAGUUGCUGAUUGCCAGGAAAUUGUAGCUGGUAUUGAAUUAGAUGAUUUAACUCGGAUUAUGAGAUUUCUUGAUCAUUGGGGAAUCAUCAACUAUUGUGCAACUCCUCUUAAAUCUGAGCUCCAGAAGGAUGGCACAUAUUUAUGCCAGGAUUCAAAUGGCGAACUUCGUGUGCCUUCUGCUGCUUUGAAAUCCAUUGAUAGUUUGAUCCAAUUUGACAAGCCUAAAUGUAGACUUAAGGCGACCAAUGUAUAUCCAGAACUUGGUGGUCAGUAUGAAGAGGACUCCGACUUUGACAGCACCAUCCGAGGACAAUUAUCUGAGCAUCAGUGCAAUCAUUGCUCUAGGCCAAUUCCUGUUGUGUAUUAUCAGUCGCAGAAAGAGGCUGAUACACUGUUGUGUUUGGAUUGCUUCAAUGAGGGAAGAUUUGUUGCCGGUCACUCUAGCCUUGAUUUUGUGAAGGUCAGUUCCGCUAAUGAUUAUGGAGAUGCAGAUGGAGAUAAUUGGAGCAACCAGGAAACACUACUUCUGCUUGAGGGGAUGCAACUGUACAAUGAAAACUGGAAUCAAAUUGCUGGGCAUGUUGGUACGAAGUCAAAAGCACAGUGCAUCCUUCAUUUUGUGCAUCUUCCUCUAGAUGGUGCUUCGCUGGAAAACAUUGAUGUUCCAAACAUACCUGGUUCGUCAAAUGCACGGAGCCAAGAUGAUCAUGGAAUAUUACAUCCCAAUUCAAAUGGGUCCAGCUUGGAAGAUGGUGAUUUUGAAAAUAAAUUUCCCUUUGCGAAUUCCGGUAACCCUGUUAUGAACCUGGUUGCCUUUCUGACCUCUGCAUUGGGGCCAAGAGUGGCUGCAGCCUGUGCCCAUGCUUCCUUGGCUGCCUUGUCUAAGGACAAUUGUAAGGGAGGGAGGAGUCCUCGGGGGGGAAACACAAAUUGUUGUAAAAAAGAUAUGAUUGGAGGACAAAGUCAUUGGAGUCAGCAGGAUACAGAGGCUUUUUCAUUAUCUGCUGAAAGUGUGAAAGCUGCUGCCAAAGCUGGUCUUGCUGCUGCAGCUUUGAAGGCGAAGCUUUUCGCUGAUCAUGAAGAACGUGAAAUUCAACGGUUAUCUGCUAAUAUUGUAAAUCAUCAGUUGAAGAGAUUAGAGCUUAAGCUGAAGCAGUUUGCAGAAAUCGAGGCCUUAUUGAUGAGAGAAUGUGAACAGAUGGAAAGAACGCGGCAGAGGUUCGCUGCAGAACGAGGCCUCAUGAUGUCAGCACAGUUUGCUGGAGGUUCUCGAGCAAUGGGCCCACCAGGUGUUGGUUCUGCCAUUGUAAAUAAUAACUCGGGAAACAGGCAGCAUGUUGUUUUAGGCUCGCAACCACCUUUUGUAUCUGGGUAUGGCCACAACCAACCUGUCCAUCCCAAUAUGUCCCUUAUGCAACAAGAAGGAAUGUAUAAUCUUGGGCCCCAAUUGCCACUUACAGCUAUACAACCGUCCUCUUCUGCCCCGAAUGUACUGUUCAACUCUGGAAAUUCCCAGCUGUCUCUCAGUCAUCCGAUGCUUAGACCUUUACCCGGGACUAAAACUGGGUUAGGUUAA